AUGCUCCGCUCCCACAUGCCUCUUUGGCUGUCACGUCCUCGUCCGACGCCGGUCCCCACACCCUCGACGCACUCCCCGCCGCCAGACAUCAUCCCAGAACCCAUCAACGUGUACCGCUACCCCCAAUGCCCGUCGUUGUCACCUGGCCCGGAGCGGGCGGUGGCCGAUGCAGGUCGGAGCGUGCUUGCGACCGACCACUCGUACGUGCUCAUCUACCUCUCGUCCUCCAAGCUCUUCUCCCAGCCAAGACUUCCCCCUUCCACUCUCACACCGCCCGCAACCCUUCGUCGGUGCCGUGCCGACGUCCGUCCUCCGCGCCACCCAUGUCCUGCCAUCGGUGGCGUUCGCACAAAAACGCGCCAGACGGCGCCGUCGCCGGUCAAUCAUCCGUACCUUGGUCUCGCCUACGUAUCCCUGAACACGCCAGGGUGCCCGGUCUUAGUUGAAUGUGACCCUGCCCGAAAGAAUGUGCAACAUACACUCGCGCUCGAGAGGGACCAUUCGCUCCCGCAGAACGCGACGCACAACAUUCUCACCGCCCUCCCGAUCGGAACCCUGCCGUUCCUUUAUAGCUCCAACUCGCUCGCUUCUGCAGGGCUCUUCGACUUAAUGGCCAAAGCCACCCACCACCACGUCGCACACCACCCGCUCGAGCGUCCCGUCAAUUUCCAGCUUGGGCGAAAGCUCCCUGACGCACUCCCGGCACCCCUCCUCCGCAAACGCCUUCGGGAGCGCCAGCGGCGCUCCCUGUCCACCACGAGCCCCAGCACUGCCGGCGACGUGACGAGCCGCCUCGUGCGCAUGCGCAGCUGCCAGUACGCGUCGUCGAGCGACACGCGGACCUCUUCUAGCGCCGUCCACGCCGCGAGAGCCUCGGUCUGCGGAACAGCAGGCACCUGGCGAUGCAGCUCCCGAAAACCCGCCCGGAACAACGUCACGCGUUUUCGUAUGCUCUGCAGGGCCAUUCGCACACGGGAACCGGCCGGGGUCGUUCGCAGCCCCACCGGCCCUGCCUGCGGGUUAGUACCACACGUCGUCGCACCACCAAACCCAAGCUCGCUCCAGCACGGAAGGGAGCUGCCGCCCGACGCAGAGCCGUACCUGGAGCUGCAACAGCCCCAGCCAACGCGGGUGACGCUGCCGCCGCCGCCGCCGCCGACGCACCAGUGCAUAGAGUCGUCAAAGGUGUUCCCGUCGCACGCGCAUGUGUCAGCGCAUGUCGCCCGCGGGUCUUGGCGGGCGGAGACGCAGCAUUUGCAUGCCGUGCUCGUUCCCGCACGUUCCUGCAAUAUCCUCCCCAUCGUUCACGCCCUGAACAUGCCCGCCCGCGCGUACCUUGACCUCGCCGGCUUUGCACAAACCACGUCCGCCGGCCGAGAAGUCGUUUGCUUCGACCGGCCUAUCCAGACAGCUUCGAAUGUCACCGCGGCGAGUACCUCGGCAUCCUCCGCCGCUGCUAACGCUCGGCUGCAGUCCCUCGCACCGCAGUUGUUCUGUUUGUCCGGCCGCGCCCGCGGCCUACUGAGACCCUCGCUACACGCCUGCGUUUCCGUUGCGGAGGGCUCGUCGAUUGGCACGUCGACUGGGAUGGUGUCUCACACCGCGGCCAUGUGGGCGAUUCUCAAAAUCGGCCUGAACACGGAAUUUAAUUCCGGUCAUCAUUCGACGCAAGCCGGUCUUGCCUACGUGCACACACACCUCACCGACGACCCGACGACCGAGAUGCGCCGGACGUUGGAGCAGCUCGCGAAGCACUGCACCCUCGUCGAGCACCGGCUGCGCAUCGUCGGCCGGCUGCACGGUACCAAGUUCGGCAACCUGAGCGACAAUGCGACGAGCUUGAGCGAGCUCGUCGGCCUCCACCGGCCGUGGGACCGCGUCGACAUGCGCUUCGAGCGCGUGUACGUCGUCGAGUUUGGGAUGUGGGACCGGUGGACGUCUUGUAUGGUGACCAAGUCGCAGCGCGAGAUCACGUCGGAGGACGAUGAGGAGGUGGGGCGCCCGUUGUGGAGGGAUGCGUCGAGCGUCCCCGCGGCUGGUGUUGCCCACCGGGAGCUGUCACUGUGCAUAAAAGGCGUCGGAUGCCGCUCUCCCGCUGUCGUCCGCUCCUCCUCCGCCGCUGCCUUCACCGGCCCUCCUCUCGGAGAAUCCGAGGCACUAGGUAAUCAACAAUUAUUGUCCCCGCCAGAACGAGGCGUAAUCCACCCACCUGCACUGGCACGCGGAUACUGUGCGAUUGACAAUGGCAACGCAUCCGUGGUCACGCUUGCCGCCAGAGCGUCGUGGUUGCUCGUGUUCCGCUGGAAAGAGAAAACAAAGUCUGCGGACCAGAAUAAUGCAUCACGCGUGGCGAUACGAGAGGCUAACGAGCGCUCUGCGACGAUACAACGUUCAGUGACACAAAAGGAUGAGCGGGCUUACCGGCUGCUGAUACCGCGGCAAAGAGACGUGCAAAUUCUUCAGUGUCAACCAAGCACUCCGCAUGUUCAAAAUGCCGUGGUAAAUGUCGCCGACUUCUCAAUGAAUGGGAUGUUCACGAGGGCCGAGAUGCAGCGGAUCACCUACCAGAUCUGCGGCGUUCUUUCCCGCGUGCACGAUCAAGGGAUCAUUCACCGCGACCUGAAGCCCGAGAAGAUUGUCCUGAAGGACCAGUACCCGCUGGCGAAGACGAUGGGUUCCCAGACAAUCCCCAAGCUGGCCGUGAUAGUCUUUGCCGUGUGCGUCUGUCCGAGCGCCGCGAUCGACCCAACGCCGGCCGCGCGCGCUGGGCACCCCGUCCGACGCAGACCUACCGAGCACAUCAUCACCAUUACCCGCCAGGUGCAGUGGAUGUUUCUGUACGAGUGGGACGUCAGCGAGCAGGCCGAGCGGUUCAUCCGCGCGCUCCUCGCGUCUUCCCCGAGCGAGCGCAAGUCGCUCGUGCUGAACCACCCUUGGCUCGCGACCUAUGCGGAGCUCGAAGGCGCGCCCCAGCCGCUCCCCGCGACCCCGCCCGUGCUCCACACCGCAUCGCUCCAGGCCCUCCCCUCCGCCCCCUCCAUCGUGGACGGCGCGCGCGUGGCGGAGCCCGCACACACCUCGCCGCCCGCUGCCUGGCCGAUGGGCCUGCGAAGGCCUCCCGGGACGGCGUCGCUGCUCCGCAUGGACGGCGAGCGGGCCGCGGCGCGCCCGUGCAUGUCCCUCGACGGCCUGAGCCUCAUCCUCGCCGUGCACCCGCCCUCGCCGGAGCGCGCGGUGAUCCCGGGACGGCCACGCGCUGUCGAGCGCGCGGUCCGCCGCGAGCGAGGGGAGCCGGCGCGGCAGGCUCCAGCGGCGGUUGGAGGUGCUGUCGCGGGCGCGGCGGGCGGGAGAGGAGUUCCCGGGACCGUCGCAGGACAUACAUGGACGGGCGGUGGGGGCUCUGGGCGGGGGCCGGUGGAGGAGCCCGAGCCUCACGCGAUGAAGGAGGCUACCCCAGCGCGAGAAAACGGAACGCUCAAAGACGACACACCCGUCCGGAAGGCGGCGGAGAAGCGCAAGUCACUGCCUGAGGAGAGUGACGAUGAAGGAGAUGGAGAAGCGGCGUCGAUGCUACCGCAGACGCAGACGCGGGAGCAGGAGGACUCUGAAGGGGGGUCGAAGCGGCUGGGGACGGAGCUGUCGAUAUCUGUCGCCACCGCAUGCAUAUAUGCACCGCCGACUUGCACGGCCGCGAGCUAUCUUGUGCCAACUACAAACUACGACGAGUCUACGCCCCACUCCUCCCGACGCGCAGGCCAGCAGGCCUGUCCGCGACCGUGUCGGUACCGGGGACCGCCCGGCGCGCACGAGCAGCGGCACGGCACAUGGCUGCACCGCGCGUUCGCUAUCGUCGUGGUGCAUUCCGUCUACGCUGCGCUCUGGUGCCCCAAGCCGGAGGUGGGCCAGAGCGGGAUCGGUCAAGGUCGCGGGCUUCACGUCGACGUCGACGCCCGUGUCCAUACCCGGCACACGCCCGGAGGCUGUCGGGAGAAAGAGAUCGCACGGCUUCGUAGCGCUCCACCCACCCGCUUCGUCGCCCCGGAACCUCGCGGCAGGGCGCGCCUGCUGGCAUUUGUGACACGCGCGGCGAGCUGUGCCGCCCCCGUCGCUCAGGACCGUCCACCGGCGUGCGGGACGGUAGACGCGUAUCAGGAUCGACGUCGACGAGCGUCGGAGCGUCUUCGUGUCGUCGGCGGUGAAGGUGACGGGCGACAUCCGGGAGUCGUCGAGGAGGGGGAAGCGUUCGCGCGCGACAGGCAUACGCGCAGGUCCGCGUACAUCAGCGCAACGCCCGCCGCCUCCGUGUGGUCGAGUACGCCCUCGCCGAGCAGCGUGAACGCGUCUUAUAGCCCGUCCGCCGACUGCGAGGGGAGUCCAUCUGGAUCGUGUCCUUGUGGACACUGCGGUCAACAUUCAUCGGGCAACUUUCAGCAGGUAAGAGAGGCCGUUACUGGCGUGCAGGGCGUAAGACGUUAUGAGGGUGAUCCCUCGGACUCACUCGAAACCGCCGAGGUGCUUGCGCUCGACCUCCUCCAUGACCACCGAUUCCCUGCGAGCCUUGCCGACGAUCUUGGCGGGGACGUGGUGCUGCGCGCCGGCGAGUCGAACGAGCGUGCAGAGCGCGGCGAGGUCGGGUUCGCAUGGACGAGCGGAACGCGUGCGCGAGAGGAGGACGGCGAAGCAAAGGAGGGUAAGACGGAGGGUGGGGACAAGACCGGCAGCGGGGUGAUGGGGACGCCAUGCCGCACCUGCGAGUCGGACGUGCCCGCGUGA